GUGUACUAUUAAUAGAUAUAGCAAAAUAUUCAUAGUAGAGAUAGUAAAGCAAAGGAGAGGAGAAGGAGGAGGAUAGAUACUAAAGAAGGCCACUAUGGAUAGUAUCAAGUGUGUUGUGGUUGGUGAUGGAGCAGUAGGAAAGACCUCAAUGCUAAUCAGCUUCACCAGUAACUCAUUUCCUGGAGAAUAUGUACCCACAGUGUUUGACAAUUACACAGCUAAUCUGAUGAUCAAUGAGAAGGUGAUUAACCUCUCCCUGUGGGACACAGCUGGUCAGGAUUCUUACGACAGAGUGAGGCCACUCUCUUAUCCUGACACAGAUAUAUUCCUCAUCUGCUUCUCAUUAGCUUAUAAACCAUCUUUUGUUAACGUACAGCAAAAAUGGCUGCCAGAGAUAAGGCACCACUCCCCCUAUACUCCAGUGCUGCUGGUUGGCACAAAACUUGAUCUACGAGAGAGCAAGGAGCACACAGGUAGCAUUGUAAUGUAUUCUGAGGGUUUGGAUCUACAGAAGAGAUGUCACGCAGCCAAAUACAUGGAGUGUUCAGCACUUAACAGUGUCAAUCUCAAGGAAGUGUUUGAAGAGGCUUGUAGGAUUGUUCUUUCGCCUCCUCCGGUUAAAAAGAAAAGUACAUGUCAGAUAUUGUAAUUUUUGACCCAAUGAUGUACAAGUACUUAAACUUGAAAUGCACAGAUUAUAACAUACUGUUAUUAUUAUUAUUAUUAUUAUUAUUAUUAUUAUUAUUAUU